AUGGCGAUGCACGCGCCGGCAUGCAUGGCGGCCUUGAUGCCAGCGCAUGCAUUGUGCGUCUACGGGAUCAUCGGCCACGCAUACAACCUCUACCACAACGGUCUCUCGGCCCCGGUUUACACCACCACCACGACAGCGCUUACCGGCCUCUACGAGCCAAUUCCCUCCCACCUGCCUACCGAGUCGUCCUAUUUCGCAGCACCGUCAUCAGUAUUACGACAUGAUGUGUGCGACGCGCUUGACAGGCCUAUCGACAACACCACCAUCACAUGCGAACUACCCGAAGACUUCUACUAUGGAUUUACAUCCGAUGUCGAAUCUUCGCAAUCACAUGUGGCGGAUUGGUUCAGCGUGGGCUUAAUACUGGACUCGAGCAAAGUCCAUGGCAUUGCAGUACUCCGCGGCCUCGGUGAGCUGCUUUCAUACCAUGUAGCUGUUGGCGCGCUGCUACCUGGAGUGGUGGUGUUGGCUAUCUUAUUCUGGCUUGUUUACCUCGAGAUUUCACAACUCAAGGAGACCGUCCGCCGACUAUCAGAAGCUGUGCAGGCCAUGCAACACGAUCAGAAGCCAAACGAGCUUGACUCUCUCAACGAGAGUCUUGAGCUCAGCCAUGCAGCAAAGAAGCCACAGGAAGACGAGGUGCCGCUCGAGUCCCAGCAAAGUGCCUCAGGAGAUGAUACCGUCACUCAUGUAGAGCCACUCGCUCAGCCAGAGGACGAUUCCGCUACUACACCAGAGCAACAGCACGAGACGCAGCAGCAGGACGAGCAGGGAGCGCCGCUACCGACCAGCCCCGAGGCUCUCGAUACUGGUGAGCAGGAUGGCCAGCAAGAGAACGCAGGCCCCACGGAGGCAUCAGCAUCUCUACCCACGCGCGAAGCAUCAAACGAGGCGUUGCAAGAUGACGCUUUCGAGCGGACCAUGUCCGAGGCGCAGAACUGCCGGGAAGAGGAGGCAGACUUGGAGGAGCCCCCAGUCCCCGAUGUCAUACUGGAAGCGCCACGCGACCCGCUGCAAGACAGUACGCCCGAGCACAUCAUGCCCGGAAAUGAGGCAGGUCUACAGGAAUCCUUGGUAUCGCAGCCCGCACGCGAACCACGGAGCGAUUCGCCACAACACCAUAACGCCCUCGUGCAGACUUUGGUCAAGAGCCAAGAUGGUGUGAUGAUGGAGGAGUACGCGACGCGCCGUGACAUAAUAAUGGCCAUGAAGCGUCACAGGGAGGCUCAGCAGAAUGCUAUACAGCCAGACCUAUCUCUGCGCGUCGACACAUUGCCGCCGGAGGGCGAAGCCGGCGAGAACAACGAGGACGGUGUUCAUGAUCAUUCAGAAGAUGAUGGCCUGGAUUUUUACCCAGAGCCGACUCGCGCAGACUUGCCCCAUAACUCUGACAGCGCCUCGGAUGUCGACGCCCCUGAGAAUGACGGCUUGAAAGGCGAGAACGAUGACAGCGAUGAUGACGACAAUAACGAUCCUCCAAGCUCUGGUGCCGCUCUUUCUGUCCUCCAAGCGCAAGUUGACGAACAAAGCACUGGACCAGAUGACCGUCUUCUGUUUCAUGGUGCUGCCGAUCUCGAGAGUCUUACUGGUGCCCCGUCAGACUCUCUUGAUGUUCCAGCACUGCAACCGCAACACAAGGCGUCCCAUGAUGAACACUCUGCAGAGGUGCUCGACGAUACCUCUGUCACUGGCGCUACGGAGCCAUUGAGCACUCAACAUGAGGAUGAAGACUUCGGCACAACCUCAGCACCUCUGUCCGCAGGCGAGGUACCGCUAGACACUGCUCACGACAGCAGCGCAUCAGCUUCGGCCUCAUCCGACCAGAAUCUGGAAGCUCAGGCGCCUCUAUCAGCGGCUGUCUUCGACGAUGCACCGAAUGCAGAGCAGCAGGAUAUCGUUGUCUCCGCCUCAGGCGCGUCCUCGACUCUGCAAGGUAACUUUCUCCCUGCAUUACCGCCUGCUUUUGUCUUUGGAGCGGGUAAUGCUGCUGUCGGUGUCGAGGAUCUGCAAGCAGCACCAGCAGGGCAGCUGAAUGAGCCGAUGGAGACAGAGCAUGUAGAUCGCAACAUAUUGGUCCCAAGCGACGAGGUCGACGAUGAGAUGGACGUCGACAAGGACGAGCUGUUGGCCCUUGUAACCGCUGACCUUGACAGUGAUAGUGAGGAGGAGCAACAGGAUGAUGACAUGAACGAUGUUUCGGACGGCACAGUUGACGACGAUGAGAUGAACGUUGACGAGAGAGACCAAGAGGACGAAUACAUGAGCGAGGCCUCGGACCCUGCGCCGGAGGAUACUGGGAUGGACGACGAAGAGUGGAACGAUUUUGUUGAGUACGCGGAGGCCGAGAUGCUGAGAGACUCGGACAACCAGGGAGAGAUCGCUCAAAACGAGGGCAGCAACCACGCGACAGAGCAGUUUGAUCAGCUUCCCGUGGAGUCAGAGACGGAGAGUCUUGUCAGGAUCAGUGACAGUGCACCACCUCUUAGCAGCGGGGGGGAGUGGCCAGACUCCAAGAACACCACCUACUAUCAUCCUGACAGCGACGAAGAAAAGAUUCGUUAUGGCGAUGGUCUAGACGACUCAUCGGACGAUGAGUCAGAGGCCGCGGGUCCCAGCGUAGCCAACAAAGUCGAUGAUGAUCGCAAUGAAGCUGCGACCACGCCGUUCUUGAAGGACCCGCGAACAGACUUCCCAACAGAGGCGGAGGUUCAGGCUUCGCUACCACCGCAUGGUAUAGAGCCUGAUGGGCUGCUUGUGCUGUUCGGAGAGCGUGUCCCUGUUCAUCGCACCAAAGAAUUCUUCCUCUUAGUAAGCAAGGUCGGCAAAGUCAAGCAAGGUAUCCAGAAGUACUUCCCAGGGAAUGCAGCUGGCGGGGCGCCAGAGACGCCGGAGGCACAGAACAGCGAGCAGCAUCAAGACAGUGGCGAAGAGGACUCAGAGGAUGAUGCACCGCACGAAAUCGAUGAUGAGAUGCCCACGUCGGAAAAGAGAUACCCACCGCCACACCGAGGCAUCAACCGCACUCCCAACUGCCGACGAUAUCCGGACGCUCCUGUCACAAAAUCCAGAAGGAUUUGA